CAUUCUUCAUUCAUCCAUAACUAACUCCAACUUCAACUCAAGUUCUCCAUUCUUAAAGCUUCUAGACCUUCUACCGCUACCGUUAGAACGAUACGAUUCAAAUCUUCAUUCGUCGCAAUGGCUAGCGUUAAACUCGUCUCAACCUUCAUCGUCGUUAGACGUGGAUUUGCGACUGUGACACAAGGGAGUGUAUCCGGAAGCAUUAGGGGAACCGGAGUGGCAAUGAUGGCGAAAGCAAGUGAAGAAUCGAAGAAAUCGACUCCAUGGGUUCCGGAUCCAAUAACCGGUUACUACAAGCCGGAGGGACAAACGAACGAGAUUGACGCAGCUGAGCUUCGUGAAAUGCUGUUGAAACAGAAAAACCGUCAGAACUAAAUUCGUUUAAAGAUGUUAAAAGAUGAAGAUGAAUGAAACCUAUUAGCUUUGUUCAUCCGAUACACAUUGCAACGAUAUGGUUUUUCUAGAGGAAAUGUGUUUAUUAAAUAAAGGUGUAUUGUUUCAAAUAAGAUUUACGUCUAUAUCGUUGAAUAAGAAUUAUAAUUAUCAAUUCACUUCAAUUUUA